AAUAAAUUUUAAUAAAUAAUUUUAAUAAUUAAUAUAAAAAAAUAAAUAAAAUGUCAGAAGUCCCAAGUUUAACUUAUUUCAAAGGUAGAGGUUUUGCUCAAUUUUCACGUGUUGCUCUUUCAUAUUUAAAUGUUCCAUUUGAAAAUGUUACUGUUGAAACUGUUGAUGAUGCCUUAAGAGAAAAAUUACCAUACGGUCAACUCCCAAUUUUCAGAGAUGGUGACUUUGUUGUUGCUCAAUCACAAACCAUUGCUCGUUAUAUCGCUAAAAAAUAUAACUUUGCUGGUAAAACCCUCCAAGAAGAAACCAAAGUUGAUGAAGUCAUCAGUGCCAUUCACAGUGACUUAUUCACUGCCCUCAGUCCAGCUACUUUAGAUAAAGAAAAACUUAAAAACAUUACUUUCCCAAAAAUCUUUGGUAAAUACAAUAACGAAUUAAAAGAAAAGAAAUAUUUAGUUGGUGAUUCAUAUACCAUUGCUGAUUUAUAUGUUUAUGUUGCUUAUGAAUAUAUCCAAUUCCGUGGUUUUUCUGAAGAUGUUAAUGCCACUCAAUACCCACAACUUGAAGAAUUAAAGAAAUAUUUUGAAUCAAAUGCUGGUGUCCAAGAAUACCUUAAAAAUAGACCAGAAACCCAAUUUUAAAUAAAGCCAAAAUAAAUAAAACAAUAGUUAUAUAAAAUU